AACACGCCGGUCUUCGAUUUCGAUGCUGCCCGGCCUUGCUCGUCCUUGCUUCGGGGCGGCGCCGCGGCAGUCGCUGCGGCGAGCGGCUCGUGCGACACGCCUCCUAUCAGCCUCUCGCGAUCGGCAUCUCAGCGUGGCCGCGCCCGCCGACUUGGCGCACGUCGCUGCGGCCGCCACCACUUCGGCAGCGGCGUCGAGCUCGUUUGACAUCGACCAGCUCGCGCGGCAGCCGAUGACCUCGCUUUCGCUCAACGACCUCUACCGCGUCGCGAGCUCUCCGACCGACGAGCAGAACCUGCUCAACGCGCAGUUUGUGAGGCGCGAGCUGCCCAUCCGGUAUGCUCAUCGGUGCGCGCAGCUGCGCAACCUGCCCUUCGGCCUCGCUGCGGACGAGCGGAUCGAGCAUGCGGCGCGCACGUACGAGCAGCAGGCGGAGGCGUUGUUCCUCCACCCCAAGCCAGUCGACGCCAGCAGCAAGCGGUCAUUUGACUCGCUGCUCCGCUCGUCGCAGCCAAAGCUCCUCGAGGUGCCGGAGCAUAUUGGCACGGCGCUGGCGGCGCGGCUCCACGCGGAGGGCGGCGAGGCCGACGCCGAUGCCGACCGCACGCAGCAGCGAGUCAUCGACACGCACCUGGACGAGUUCUUCCUCGCUCGAAUCGGCCAGCGCUUCUUGAUCGAGCACUACCUCGCAUCGUCUGGCUCGAGCGGCGCGGAGCAGCGGCCCGGCUUCUCGGGCAUCAUCCAGUCGCGCUGCUCGCCGUUCGAGGUUGUCGAGCAGGCGGCGGCCGAGACUUUCCUUCUCUGCAGCGCGCGGCUGGGUGUCUGCCCGCAGAUUGAGGUUCGGGGCGACCGCGAUGCGUCGUUUACGUACGUGCCGAAGCACAUCUUCUUCGUCGCGAGCGAGCUCCUCAAGAACGCGGCCGCGGCGACAGUCGACUUCCACGCCUCGCGCGGCGGCGGCGGCGGCUUACCCCCCGUCCGGAUCGUCGUCGCGUGCGGCGAGAACGAGAUGGCGAUCAAGGUAGCGGAUGAGGGCGGAGGCAUCGCGCGCUCGCGGCUGGCCGAGGUGUGGUCGUACCGCGGGGCGCGGCUGGCGGGCGGGUUCGGGCUGGCGGCGAGGAGCGACGCGGACGAGCUGGUGCGCUCGCCCGAGGCGUCGGCCGGGCUCGGGCUUCCCCUGGCGCGGCUGCACUGCAAGUUCUUCGGCGGCUCGCUCCACCUCACGCCGAUGGAGGGGUACGGCACCGACUCGUACGCCAAGCUCAACCGGCUCGGCGACGACAACUGCGAGGACCUGCCCCAGGCGGUGCGGGAGAGCUACGGCAUGGAGGCUGCGGAGCCCUCGGCAGCUGUCAAUCAGUGGUACGCGCGGCGCGGGCUGCAGGUGGGAGACUUGCUCUAUGACGCGCAGGCGCGGCGCGGCUGAGGAGGAGGGCGGCGGCAGAAGGCGGGGGCGGAAGGCGGCGGAGGAGGCGGCGGAGAGAAGGCCGUGGUUUAGGAGUAGGGGGGGCGGGGGAUGUGGGAUGGACACACGCAAUUCGAGGCCUUUCGCUUUCCUCCUGCAUGCGUGAGUCUCGAGUCCGAGGGAGACGCUGAGAGAGAGUUGACGCGGCUGGAGAGACGCGUGUGCCGCGUGUGUGCGCGCUCUCUUUCUCUCCUGCUGUGAGACGCACCGUGCCAUGUGUCGCGACACGCAUGUGAGGCAUGCUGAUGAGUGAUGACUUGAUGUCAUCACUAGCCGAGCCAAGGCCGGCGAGGGGUCGUUUAGCGUGACAGAUAAGUCAUACAAGUAGAACUU